AAACUCAUCUCAGGUCUCAACCAUAUUUCAGUUUCAAAGCAAAAAACACUAUACAGCCACCCAAAAAACUUUAACUCCUCAUAUUGGAUUAGUCAACUUACAGUACCAUUUCAUUUCAAUAGGGUUUCUCACUUAUUACAAUUAGUUGCUUAAUAUAAAGAUAAACUUAAUUAUCUCUCAAAUGAACAAACUCAGACAGUCAUCAUUUGACGAGUACAUAUCUACGUGUUCCUCUUCGGAAGCGAGCUCAUCCAACAAUAACAAGUCAUCGCCGCCAAACGCCUCCAUCGACUACGACGAAGCGAUAACGUUGGCGUCAUCGAGGCCGAAGAAGCGUGCGGGGAGAAGAAUCUUCAAGGAAACGAGGCACCCGGUGUACCGAGGAGUGCGUAGGAGAAACAACAACAGGUGGGUCUGCGAGCUUCGCGUUCCAAAUACCAAGUCCAAACGGAUAUGGCUCGGGACCUACGCCACACCUGAGAUGGCGGCGCGUGCCCACGACGUCGCCGCACUCGCGCUUCGCGGGAAGUCAGCCUGCCUCAACUUCGCAGACUCUGCCUGGCGACUACUCCCUUUGCUCCCGGCGCCUACUGAUGGCGCCGAAGAGAUAAGGAGAAUGGCCGCGGAAGCUGUGAAGACAGUUACAGUUGAGGACGGUUAUAGUAAUAACCGACGUCCAGUAAGGACGGGCAGUGCGGUUACUGAGUACGAGGUUUGCAGCGGUGAGAGCGGGGUGGAAGAAGAUGUAAAGAAGGAUUUGAUUGUUGAUACUAACAACGAUGAUUAUUACAUGCAUGAUUGGGUUCGGAGCAUGACGGAGGAGCCGUUACGAUCACCGCCUCCAUUUUUCAGAUACGAUUUUGGCAGUAGCAGCAGUAGUCAUAGGGAGUGGAAUGAUAUGGAGGUUGAUGCUGAGGUGUCACUGUGGAGCUUUUCCAUUUGAUUUUAUUUGAUUUGAUGUAUAGCUUUUGAUUAUUAUUCAGUGUGCAAACCUUUUAUUGUUUUGUACUUUGACUUAGUUUAGUUUUCUUCUGCUUUUCUUGUUUUCUAUCUUAUCAUUGGUUUUAUUCAUUUCGUACAUAAUUCUAGGAGAGAGGGAAUUUAUGUACCAACUGAAUAAUUAUUACAUGGACAUAGGACACCAUUAAGAGGAAAUAAAACCGCUUGUGUUUUUGUAA